CGGACUACAAUUUUCAACAGGCUCUCAUGCAUACACGUCACCAGGAAGUGGAGUAGCGAUAGAUACACGAAGCUGUCGAUAUGGAAGAUGCAGCGUAUCUUCUUGUUAAAGGUCAAUUUAAGUAGUAAAACAUAUCAACAGUUAGUUUUAUCACAAUGUUUGGCUUCCGUGGCCUAGUUUUGUUUUCAUCUGUAGCGCUGCUGCUGCUAAAUCCGUCUAGGCUAACGCUAGCUCAACAGCAGGAGAGAGAUGGCGCUGGAGAAGCUGAUGACCAUAAGCCUGUUACAGCUAAAAAACAGUCUUUAUCAAUAAACAAUGAAGGAAACGAUGGAACAGCUGAAGGCGAAGAACCAAAGGACGGGCAGCCGGCCAGCAAAUCAAAUGACACGGAUAUCUACAACAAUGAUACCCUUCAUUCUCCAACAACAACAAAUAAACCAACAACCAUGUCACCCCCAACCGCCAAGCCAAUCCUGCCUGUGCAGACUGGUGUCAAGGCCCAGGAAGAGGAGCAAUCCAGUGGACUGACUAUAUUCUUUAGUCUACUAGUCAUUGGUAUCUGCAUCAUAUUGGUGCAUCUUCUUAUUAAGUUCAAGCUACAUUUUCUUCCUGAAAGUGUUGCUGUCGUUUCACUAGGAAUUCUAAUGGGAGGGUUCAUUAAGAUCAUUGAAUUCCAGGAGCUGGCCAACUGGAAGGAAGAAGAGAUGUUUCGUCCCAAUAUGUUCUUCCUUUUGCUGCUGCCACCAAUCAUUUUUGAAUCAGGAUACUCCUUGCACAAGGGUAAUUUCUUCCAGAACAUUGGUUCCAUCACUCUCUUCGCUGUGAUCGGAACAGCCAUCUCUGCAUUUAUAGUUGGAGGAGGCAUAUAUUUCCUGGGACAGGCUGAUGUAAUUUACAAAAUGACCAUGACUGACAGCUUUGCCUUUGGGUCCCUGAUUUCAGCGGUGGAUCCUGUAGCCACAAUUGCCAUCUUCAAUGCCCUCAAUGUGGACCCAGUGCUUAACAUGCUGGUGUUUGGAGAGAGCAUUCUCAAUGAUGCUGUCUCUAUUGUACUGACAAACACUGCAGAAGGGUUCUUUUCACAGUCAGACAACUCAACAGUCACUGGCUGGGAGAUCUUUAUACAGGCUUUGGGCUACUUUCUCAAAAUGUUUUUUGGUUCGGCUGCUCUGGGAACACUUACUGGAUUGAUCUCGGCUGUUUUUUUGAAGCAUUUUGACCUGAGGAAGACCCCCUCUCUAGAGUUUGGCAUGAUGCUAAUCUUUGCAUAUCUGCCAUAUGGACUUGCAGAAGGCAUACAGCUCUCUGGGAUUAUGUCCAUCCUGUUUGCUGGUAUUGUGAUGUCCCACUACACCCAUCACAACCUGUCUCCGGUCACCCAGAUCCUCAUGCAGCAGACUCUACGCGCUGUGGCCUUCAUGUGUGAAACAUGUGUCUUUGCGUUCCUUGGUCUCUCCAUAUUCAGCUUCCCACAUAAAUUUGAGAUAUCUUUUGUCAUCUGGUGCAUUGUGUUGGUCCUGCUUGGUCGUGCAAUCAAUAUCUUUCCACUAUCUUUUUUGCUCAACUUCUUCAGAGACCACAAGAUCACCCCUAAGAUGAUGUUCAUUAUGUGGUUUAGUGGUUUGAGAGGUGCCAUUCCAUACGCUUUGAGCCUCCAUCUUGGCCUGGAGCCUAUAGAGAAGCGCCAGCUCAUUGGCACCACAACCAUCAUCAUUGUCCUUUUCACCAUCCUUCUCCUCGGAGGCGGGACUAUGCCUCUCAUCCGCAUCAUGGACAUUGAGGAGAGCCAGUCACGACGCAAAAGCAAGAAAGACGUUAAUCUCAGCAAGACACAGAAAAUGGGAAACACGAUAGAGUCGGAGCACCUGUCAGAGCUGACAGAGGAGGAGUAUGAAGCCCACAUCUACCAAAGACAGGAUCUGAAGGGCUUUAUGUGGCUUGAUGCAAAGUACCUUAACCCUUUCUUCACCCGCAGACUUACCCAAGAGGAUCUCUUACAUGGGCGAAUUCAGAUGAAAACUUUGACCAACAAAUGGUACGAAGAGGUGCGCCAGGGUCCCUCUGGAUCUGAAGACGAUGAGGAUGAGGCUGAACUACUGUAAAAUACUACAGUAUGAGCACUAUACAGGAGAACCAUAAAGGGACAAUGUGAAUCCAGGUCAUUUUCACUUUGACAACAGGACUUUCACUUGUGCCAGUACUGAAGGUUUUUACGACAAGGUUUUUUUUUGUUGUUGUUGUUGUUUUUUUGUUUUUCACUCAACUUAUUUUUUAUAAUGUUAAGAUGAAGGAUGAUUCUGGGUAACAAAGUGAAAAAUUAAAACCUUAUGCUACUGGUGUUUUUGAAGUGUUCCUGCUAACACUGUCCACUCUCUAAGGGAACUAGUUGAACCAUUAAUGGGGAUAUUUUGUGAAGCAAUACAAGAGCACCUUUUCAUUUAUAUGUCAUGUACUGUAAGUUGUCUUCAGCACUUUUGUUGGCUGUCUUUUGUUUGUUUGUUUCUCCAAGCCAUGUUACAGUCACAAAUAAUUUAAACUUUAAUUGACAGAUCAUUGAAAGUGUUUUUUACCUGAAAGACAAAUUAAGAAUAAUGAACUGUAGCCUUCUGAUCCAGUUUUGUUUAAAAUUAAAGAUUGCACUAGUUUCCAUAGAUUUUAAUUUAGACAACAAUGAAUGUGUGUGGGCAACUUGAGACUAUGAAUGUGGUUUUAUUUAUCACAUAUUUAUGUUUAAUGUGGGUUUACGUGGUAUAAAGGCCUUUUAUAAAUGUGAAAAAUAUUUAAGAAGUGAGUAUGAAGUGUAUGGACACAAUUAAAAUGUAUAUUAAAAAAAUGUAUUUGAA